ACUUACACAUCUGCAAAAGCUAUUAACCACAAAAGGAGAAAGUUCACUUGUAUUGGUAAAUAGCGAAAUACAAAAUCAUGAAUAACAAAUAUAAUAGACGCUGGCAUUAUACACACCCACACCCAUAUCAGGCGUUUGUUUAUCGCUCAUAAAAAAAUCUUUCUUGUACGUUUAUUUUUCCGAAAUCAAUUUUUUUUUAUUUAUCUUCGUUUUAUACAUGAGAAGAUUUUUACUUAUCCUUAUUUUCCAAAAAAUAAAGAUGUUAUUUAUCUUUAUUAAAUUUGUUCUUUCAUAUAAAGCUCAAUAAAGAUAAAUAAACCAUUUCUUCAUUUAGCGUUCUCUUAUAAUCAAUGAAUAAUAUUCUUUUUUUAGUUUGUCUCUUCCUUAAAUUUCUUAUUGGUUUUCUUUGCAUAGAUUGACCGAUUAUUUUUACAUAGAUUUAGCAUGUUAAUUCAAUAGAAUAAUGAGAAAAUAUGUCUCGUCAAGAAUGAACAAAUAAAAAAAAACAGCACAUUAUUUCUAUUGUUUUCUAUAGUCAAAGUGUGCAAUCAAUAGAUAAGAAAUUUUCAUUUUCAUUUUUUACGUGAAAAAGUUGAAGAAUGAAGAGUAAUACACAUUUUAUGAUAGUAACCACGUUCAGUAUGGGAAUAACAUUUCUUCUGCAUUAUAAUCUACAAGAUACAAGAGCAAAUGGAUUCUUGUUCAAAAUAUAUUAAUCGAUACAACAUGUAAUGUACUUCGUCAUGCAUGUUGUUUUUGGAACAAUGGAAUAUGUAUGCUUGUUUUUAAAUAUCUAUUCUUAUUUUUAUAUUAUCGUUGUAGUUAGCGAGAAUUGCAAACGCUUUGGUAUUUCUAUUGACAAUUAUGAUCCAUUUUCAUUAGUUUUAAUAUUAAUCUUUGAAAUGAUAUGUAUAAAUUUACUUGAUAAAGAAAAAAUCACAUAUUCGAUUCGUUCAAUAACAUAUACAAUAAUCUAUGGUUUACUUGUGGCACGCUUUUGCGAUGCUUUUAAUUUAUCUUGUCCAUUAGAUAUAUUUACUGUAUAUUUUCUUAUUUGGCAAAUAAUGUUUAUCAUAACUGAAUGGGAAUCAAAUAAACUUCCGUUGAUUUCAUUGACUUUUUAUCGAGCAUGGUUGUGUAUAAUGCCAGCGUCUAUUAUAUUUGUUAUUCAUGAUUUUGUAUUUCGCUAUUUACCAAUACAAGUGAACUUUCUCCUUUUGUGGUUAAUAGCUUUUGCAGAUGUAAUCCGUUGUUUGCAUCCAAAAAACUCCAUAUACAGCACAAAGAUACUGAAUGAACUUUCGACCGAUGGUAAACCAUCUCUUAUUGGCUUCUACUACAGUUGGAAUUUUGAUGAUAAUGAAUCAGAUCAAUCAAAUAGUCGCGCAUGUUUAGGUCUUGGCGACUUUGCAAUAUUUAAUUUCAUGCUCUUAUUGAUAUUACCGCCUUUAUCAUCCGCGAGAACAAAAGUGUACAUAACUAUCGGUCAUAUUAUUGCUGUUCAAAUUGGUCAAGAACUAACGAAUCAUCUUGAAUGCAUGUAUAACCAAUGGGUACAGCCUGGGGUUCCUUUACCUGUAAUUGUUGUUUUAUUUUAUGCUAUCUUACUUAAUACUUUCAUAGAAUAUUAA